AUUCUGGGUGGUCUCAGGAGGGCAAUCCAGUUGGAGCAUGAUCGAGCAAUGAUAAAGCCAGGCAAGCGCCAAUGCCGUCAGCGACAAAUGACGGCAUAGUACUGUACUCUGGAAUGGGGCCUGCCGGGUUCCCAUGUAGGCGGCGCGCUCUUGGUUGGUUCUGAACCCCCGGUCACCUGUUCUGCGUCAUUCAGCCAGAAGCAAUCUUGAUCCUCCAACCGUAGCCACUCUUCGUCACCAGGUUAGCUCUGGAACAAUUCAACAUUCUUCACCAUUAGACGUCUCCAAGCUGUUCACGGCGAGAUAGACUCAAGCAGCCAUGGCGCCCGUUCAUCCCGCAGCUGGCCAGCUAGUUGAUUUCAGUCAGAAGAGCCUGUUUAUUUCGGCCCUCUCUAUUGCUUUCAAUCCUCUUUUCUGGAACAUCGUAGCGAGGCAAGAGUAUCACAAUAAAGUCCUUACUAAGCUAUUCGGCGGCCGCUCUCAAACAGCCUGCUAUGCGCUUGCUAUGACCAUCUUCUCCCUAGGCCUUGUCCGUGAUGGUCUCUACGAACGCGCUCUCCGCCAUCAGCCAUCCUACCCACUCCUCGAAACCACCGAAGCGCAAUACCUUGCGUAUGCUUUAAUCGCCGUUGGAAACAUUCUCGUCAUAUCCUCAACAUGGGCCCUGGGUAUUACGGGCACUUUCUUAGGUGACUACUUUGGUAUCCUCAUGGACAGCAUCGUUACAGGGUUCCCAUUCAACGUUACAGAUGCCCCCAUGUACCACGGAUCGACCUGCAGCUUCCUUGGAACUGCCAUCCUGUAUGGCAAACCAGCAGGCAUCCUGCUAACGCUAUGGGUAUACAUUGUCUACCAAAUCGCUCUUAAUUAUGAGAACCCUUUCACAGCUGGUAUCUAUGCCAAGAGGGAUCGCGAGCGUGCUACAGCUGAAGGAAACGAUAAGAAAUCACGGUAAUAGCCUACUCCGCUAUACGACAAGUUUUAGCGUAUUUUGGCUAUUCUACAA